GGGGCCCCUGUGUCCUUGCCCACACUCAAAAAAGCCUAUGAAAAAGGUACCAGGGGCAUCUCAUGGGGCCCCCUACUGACCCCGGGCCCUCGGGCAGGGAUUAUGGUCCUUGCCCACACUCAAAGCACACCCCCAAAAAAGCCUAUAAAAAGGUACCAGGGGAAAUUCAUGGGGCCCCCUACUGACCCCGGGCCCUUGGGCAGUGCCCAAGUGCUCAAAUGGUCAGUCCACCCCUGAUCUGGAUAUGUUUUUAUUAUGCACCAAUCAGCCAUAAUGUUAUGAUCACUGGUAAAGUAUGA